AACAUACCUGGGCGCGUUUGGCAACCCGUUUGAGGCAGACGUGAAAACAGAAAAAAAACGGGGGUGAGGCACAGAAAACGCGUUUCCUCCACGGCGGGAUCGCGGUUCUGUUUUCCUUCAGUCCAACGCAGCUGCUGAAUACGAGAAGAUGCAAGCUAUUAAAUGUGUAGUGGUGGGUGAUGGUGCCGUGGGGAAGACCUGCCUACUCAUCAGCUACACCACCAAUGCAUUCCCGGGCGAGUACAUCCCCACCGUCUUUGAUAACUACUCAGCUAACGUCAUGGUGGACAGUAAGCCAGUCAACCUGGGACUGUGGGACACGGCGGGACAGGAGGACUACGACAGGCUGAGGCCGCUGUCCUACCCCCAGACGGACGUGUUCCUCAUCUGCUUCUCUCUAGUGAGCCCGGCCUCCUUCGAGAACGUCAGAGCCAAGUGGUACCCAGAGGUGCGACACCACUGCCCCAGUACACCCAUCAUUCUCGUGGGCACCAAGCUGGACCUCAGAGACGACAAGGAGACCACUGAGAAGCUCAAAGAGAAGAAACUCUUUCCGAUCACUUUCCCACAAGCCCUAGCGCUGGCCAAGGAGAUAGAAUCGGUUAAGUACCUGGAAUGUUCGGCGCUGACGCAGCGAGGCCUGAAGACGGUGUUCGACGAGGCCAUCCGCGCCGUGCUGUGCCCCCAGCCAACAAAGGUGAAGAGGAAGCACUGUCUGCUUCUCUGAAGGUGCAGGGAAAAGGCUGCGUUGAUCACGUCGUCUCCCAUUUAAUGGCAAAUAUUGAUUUCAACAAGCUUCUACUCUACAUGAUUGCUCCAGCUAAUGACGAGUACCACUUUACGGCAACAUUGCUUUUAUUAAAGGUUUUUUAAAAGUCUGUUUAUUUAAGCUCAGUAGUUUGCGGAGGACAAGUUUUAAACUAGUUUUAGUAGGGCUGAGGACUUUGCUGAUGAAAUCAUUUAACAACCAUUGAAAAUGUAGACAAUGUACAAACCCUGUAUUAGCUGGUAACACUACUGAUGUGUUUCUGCAAUUAAGUGUCAUAUAAACAACAAACGCAUCCUUCAUUGUAUCAUUAUUAUUUAAAAAUAUAUAUUUGUCAUCCAUCCAUCCAUCCAGCUUCAAGCCACUUAUCCUGUACAGGGCUGGGAGAUUUCCGGGGCCCUGACCCCGGAUGGCACAAGGCAAAGAUACACAUACAUACAGCAUGAGCGGGGACGGCAUUGUAGAGAGGCCCGCUAGCCGAAAUGCAUGUCAUUGACUUUAAUUUUAAUUUUGUACUUUUGGAUUUCUGCAGUGACGGGGAGAAAUUUCUUGCAGCAGUUCGGAUAGGUGUCCAUCGAGUUGUUUCUUAGGCAGUGUCGCUAUGCAACUGCUGCAAUGAAAGGAUUUCUGUACAGUGUGUAUCAGUUGAUAACGAUUCAUUUGUGUAUGAAUACUGCAGUUCCGUACUGGAUACGCAGAUAUGGAGGGUGGAUCAAUGGAUUAUGCGUAGAAUACAAGUAACAACCCAAAUAUUUGUUAAUAUCGUCCUGCAAUUUAUACAUUUAUAAAGAAUUGAUUUAUAAGGCUGAUUUUAAAUAGCAAUAAAAUGUUGGGACUUAUUUUCUUUCAUCUUCUCUGCUAAUCAGAAACUGUGUAAACUGAUAAAUAAAUAUUUUAAAGGA